AUGACACCUCAAAGCCACUACCGCUCCCUAGAGGCACUGAAAAGUGACCUAAAAAGGGAUGCAGCAACUAUUACCGAUAUUUAUGGGUUUAAAGUGGCUAUUUACAUCGAGAACGGCGGUCACAUAACGUCCUUUAUAAGCGAUAAACAUCCUAUAACGAGUGAUAAAAAGGAAAUUGCUUGGAGUCAAUUUCUUAAACCGGCAAAAGACGGCGAAUACGACGAAACUGAGGCUAAGACCUCACCCCGGCGUUUGAGUCAUACGCUAUCCCUACAGGAAAUUCAAAGUGCAGCUGCACUGGCGACUGGCCCAUCCGUCGAAAGCUGGCUGGGGUCCUCUCUAUCCUCCCCAGCUGUUUCCCUGUCAAGUUACUGUCCUUCCAACAGCGGUUACGAAAUUACGCUUGAUAAACGGUUGACCACACGAUCCCCUCAAUCCCCUUACCACACCGGUACUGGUACUCCUGUCUCGGGAUAUUGCUCUCCCAAAAGCAACGCUGUAAGCACUCCCGUGCUACAUGCUGCGGAGCCUUUUCACAUUUCACCCCCACUCGUGUCCACCCCAGCGCAAGAAGUAGCUCCCAGCGAGGUGCGCGACAAGGUGAGGGUGCGCGACAAGGUGGUGAACUACGUUAUUGACUUUAUCAACCACCACAAGUGGUGCCGUGCCAUAACAUACGUUAAAAAGUCGCCUACAUCGGGCAGCCUUGUCCCCGUAACUAAAAAUAGAUUAGAUAGGCAGACCCGCUGCUUGCUUGGCCCGUGCAUGGGGCCCGUGCAAAGAGCGGGCCUGGAGGCCCUGCCCGAUAAGGGCGAUAAGGGUGGCCAUGCACGCACAGGAUAUCUUGCUGUUCGAAUGGCAGCCAAAGAUCUCACGGGUCUAUUUAGGAAGAGACGGAUCGUCGGGAUAGUUAGGGAUCCAGCGGAUCACCGACCCCGAGACUCCACACCCGGAGACAAGGCCUUCGCGGCGCAAAGGCUCCGCCGCGGAAAUUGCCGGCCAUAA